AUGACACUUUUUUGUGACCUUACAAAAUUUGGUUUUGGCUCUACCACAGGAUAUAAUAAUGGUUCAGUAUUAACAUCAACAAAAAGAAUAACAGCAACAACAACAAUAGAAUUUGAUAACAACUAUGUUUCUGUUGGAGGUACUAGAUCAUAUAUCAUAAAAGUUGGGAAAAAGGGUGCUUAG